AAAAUAAAACCGCGAGAAAGCAAAAUACCAGCGGCCGCCAAGAAAUUCCCCCACCUCGCCUCGCCUUCUCCGAGUUUCCCGCAUAUGCGCCCGCGGAAUUUCCCCUAGUUUUUCCCCCCUCGCCUUGUCCCGCGAUCUGGGUUUCAAAGCGGCGGCGCGCGCGGCGUCAUCGGUUGCGCGGAUCACCGGGACGACGUGAGUGGUGGUGGUGGUGGUGGUGGAGUGCAGGGCGGGCGGCGGCGGCGUUGUUGUCGCGUGGGGUGGGGAUCCGGUUCUUGGCCGGCCUGAUCUUGCGUGGUGAGGUGAGGGAUUCGGCUCUUUCUUGAUCUGGUUUCUUGGAUUGGGGAGGGGAAUGCUGCUGUCGAUAUGCUAGCCCGCGGAGCCGCGCGGUCGCUGCUCGAUCGUCUCCGGCCGCCGCCGCGUCGUCUGGUGGGGAGGAGGGCCCCCGCCGCCAUGCCGCCACUGGCGGCCGCCGCCCACCGUGGCUGCUUCUGCAGCCAUAGCUGCUCGAAUCUGCGCGGGGAGAGUGGUGGGUUUCAGAGGAAGGGCUUUCUUGAUCUGGGGAUUGGCAGGAGGUUUGCGCCGGGCGGCGCAUUGAGCUCCAGGGGGUGCCUGAAUUGGCAGGAUCGCGGCAGAUCCAAGAGGGUGGAUGGCGGCGAGGCCCUGAGGAUCAAGGCGCAGGUUUUGGCCCCGCAGCGGCAGCUGCUCCAUGAUUCGGAGGUUCUGCCAUUGGAGGAGGUGGGCGCGAAGAGCUUGAACGGGAACGGCGCGUGCCGGCGUGGGAAGCCUCUGGGUUUCCCCGAGCAUGGCGCGCCGGCUAAGAUGGUGGUCGCCGUCGAUGUGGAUGAAGUUCUUGGAAGCUUUCUUGCUGCGCUCAACAGAUUUAUUGCAGACCGUUAUUCUUUGAAUCACUCGGUAUCUGAAUACCAUGUGUAUGAGUUCUUCAAGAUAUGGAACUGUUCUCGAGAAAGAGCUAAUUUUCUUGUCCAUGAGUUCUUUACAACUCAUUACUUCCAAGAUGGUAUACAUCCUAUCCCUGGUGCUCGAGAUGCUCUCCAAAAUCUCUCUUCUUUCUGUAGCUUAUCUGUUGUAACAUCUCGGCAGGAUGCAAUUAAAAAUCACACAUUAGACUGGAUCGAGAAGUAUUAUCCAGGGUUAUUUGAGCAGAUCCAUUUUGGGAAUCAUUUUGCUUUGCAAGGUCAAUCAAGGCCCAAAUCAGAAAUUUGCAGAUCUUUUGGUGCUCAGGUUUUGAUAGAUGACAACCCAAGAUAUGCUUUAGAGUGUGCUGAGGAAGGCAUGAGGGUCCUGCUCUUUGAUUACCACAAUUCUUACCCUUGGUGCAAAACUGGUGUUGAUGAGUCACAUCCUCUAGUGACCAAGGUUCAAAAUUGGCAAGAAGUUGAGGAAAAGCUUCAUUCUUGGGUAUUGCCCGAGUGCUGACAUACUCGAUUCAUCAUGAGAUGCACCAUUCUGAGACAAGCAGAUGCCUCUUUGGACAUUGAUUUCUGAAGAAACAUGUUCAAGCCAUUCCAGUUUCCAGAUUUCUAGUGCGAUGCGAGCUGAAUAGGAUCGACAACAUCUCUAGCCAAAAAUUCCCAAUUGAAAGGUUCCUUCAUUGCCACAGGCUGGAUGAGGGCCUGUAAGGCUCAAGUUAUAGACUUCAGUAUGUCCCAAAUGAUUCCAGACAAAUUUACAGUGUCGAAGACUGAAAACAUCUUCAGUUCUUUUACCCUGUGUUGGGUGUAUAUAUAUGGACUGGUUGAAAACUCAUGUGACCAUGGGAGCGUGUUAUAUCAUUCACUUUCUCGGCUGAUGAGGAAUUCUUUUCCGAAGGACGAUGAAAUGUAUUUUUUUUAAUCGCUGUACAUAGGCGAUUCCAAUAAAUCCAGUAUUUGAAGUAGUUGUAUGCGGCCACUAAUCCAGUACUGAACAAUUGACGCUGGAGUUUGGACUCAAAAAGUCGUUGCCACCGCAAGCAAGGU